AUGGAGGAGCUUAUAUGUGUCGGCAAAGUCAAGCACACCUACGUCCAGGCCCACACCGUUCCUUAUCCCGACCCAAAGAAGUACCUCGGCAACAGUGGUCAGCAAGGCCGAAUCAAGGUCUCAUUCCGUCGAGCUGGAAACAAUCAUGGAGCGAAGGCCAAUGGACUGAUAUGGAUGGCUUGGACCGAUAUUCGACGAAAACAAGCUGGCGAGGGUCCUCCAGGCUCACCCUUCUCGGGGCUCAUCAGCAUGACGCUCCAGUUGUACUGUAAGCGGAAGUGGGCCCAUGAUAUCGGCAAGUUCCAUAAGGGCAAGAACAUUCAGCUGCUACGACCCGUUUUCGAGCUCCAGCGCUACGACUACUACAACCCACAAGAUGGCGACUCUCUUACACGGAUCCAAGCGAUAGAUCCUAGCUUUCAGACCGAUCAGUUCACCCAGCAAGGGCCAACACCUGGAGAACCAGGCAGUAUCUACGUCUUGCGAAGCGUCGAUGAGAUCCGGGCUGACGUUGCCGACGUUUUCGAUACGGUUGUCAGUAAAUCGGAUGAAGUACCGGUUACGCGAGAGCCGUCUAGUCACAUCAAGACAGAGCUGUAUCCGCAUCAGAAGCAAGCCCUCUAUUUCAUGUGGGACAAGGAGCAGGACCAUAGCGCGGAAGAGCACGACCAGCGCAAGGACACUCUCUGGGCGCCGAGGCUUCGCGACAAUGGUCGUAAGUUCUAUCGUCUCGUCAUCACCGGCGAGGAUACGCACUGUAAGCAGACAAUAAAGAAAGCAUAUAUCAUGUCACCAGAAAGAGCUUCAUUGAUAUUAUUCAUGACAUGA